GCCAGAGCCGGCGGCGGGCGCCGGGCCCCGCUGAAUCUGAUGCUCAGAAAGUGAGCUCUCUCCAACUGCCAAGAUGGUAAUAAACGUCUGUCUCCCACAGUUCAAGCCAAGAAUUCACUGCAACAAGAUUUCUGCUGAUGGUUAUGAAGUGGAGAAUCUGAUCUCCGAAGACCUUGCCAGGAGAAAUCGUGGUUUCCGCAGCGAAUACUUUAUCAAACCUCCAGUCCACGUCACGAUCUCCUUUCCCUUCAACAUUGAGAUCUGCAGGAUUAACAUCGACAUCUCAUCUGGGGGAUACCAAACCUUCUCCGGGCUCGAAGUUUACACCUCUACCUCAUGCAAUAAAACCUCUUGGCAGAGCCCGAGGGUCAGUUCAGGUCUGGCCGGUCAGCCUGUGUCGGACAAAGACACUUUCACACUGGUGGGCAAAGCUGUCUUAAAAAAUCAAAGCAAAGUGACGUUCGGCCACAGAGGCUUCAAGCCGAGGCCUCCCUUCCAUCAGAUGGAAAAUGUCUUCUCCUACCCUGGCUCUGCAUCUCAAGACCUCUGGAACAAAGGGCCUGCCUCGCUGAGCAACGUGUCGCACUUAAAAAUCUGCAUCACCCACGUGGCCGGAGGUGGCCUGCCUUGCAUUAAGAGGCUGGAGGUGUGGGGACAGCCUGCCAAAUCGUGCCCACAGGAGGUAAUCGAGGGUGUCUUUCAGGUGGCCUCCCAGUUCUUCGCCCAGGAUGUUGGCAGCCUCAAGCCGGAGCUCUGGACGCCGAUGGAGAGCGACUGCGUGCCCUUCAGCGCCAACGACAGCGAGCAGCAGACCCUCCGCAAGCUGGUGGACGUCGUCCAAGACAUCCCCGAAGAAUUCCUGGAUCCCAUCACUCUGGAGAUCAUGACCUUCCCCAUGCUCCUGCCCUCCGGGAAGGUGAUCGACCAGACCACCUUGGAAAAAUGCAACCGGAGUGAGGCGUCUUGGGGCAGGGUACCCAGCGAUCCUUUCACUGGGGUGGCCUUCAGCCAGCACUCGCAGCCCCUACCUCACCCUACCCUCAAGGCCAGGAUAGACCACUUCCUCUUACAGCACAGCAUCCCUGACACCAACCUGCUCGGGAGGGCUCACGCCUCGGAAAUGCUCGUACCUUCUUCCAUAACAAUGUCUUCUCUGAAAAGGAAAAUGGACUGUAUGGAUCACAGCUCCGUGCAGCCGCCCUAUUUUUCUUCUACAAACUUACUUGUCGCGUCUACCUCAGAGAACAGUGCUAAAAAAAUGAAAACUGACAAUGACUCGCAUUUGAUCCAAAUGGACUGUUCGACAGAUCUGGUCUCUCACGAACAAAAACUGUCGGAGAGUUUGGACACUGCCUUGAACUCGGCGCUCAGCUCAAUGCCCUCCUUCACGGCCAAGCUGAUGAAAAGCCAGCAGCAGGCGCAGGGCGAGGGAGGCUGCAGCAGUUCGUGGAGCGUGGGCACCGUCCUCGAGCACGGCAGGAGCAGCCAGACCCAAGGAUGCGCUUCCUGCGGCAAAACCUUCUCCUCUUAUUUCAAAACGGAGCCCGUUUACCAGCUUCCCUGCGGCCACCUCAUGUGUCGCCCCUGCUUGGCCGAGAAGCAGAAGUCUCUGUCGUCGAUACUGUGCGGGAGCUGCAAAAGGUCGGCUGCCACGCACGACGUCAGGAGGGUUCACUUCUGACCCCUCGGCUGCCGGAGCCUGCCGGGAGGACGAGAACAAGGAGCCGCUGCUGUUCCCUGUGUCUGUAUUGAUCCGUAGGAGGACGAAGGCCUUUGGAGAGCUUGCCAGAUGGGCGCCCGUAAUGGCGGAGAGGACUUGGUCUUCUUGUGCUUACAGAGUA